AUGACCAUCUUGCAUGAUGCAAUGUGGCAAGCACCCAGAGAACUCUCUGGUGUGAAGUCGCGAAAGCGAGCGGUUUUUGAAAUUCCAUUGGGUUCAAUGGACGCAGCCAGCAAUGCUGGUAUUCAUCGUGUUUCAGGCCUCAAAGUGAGCCUUGAGAGCCGCAUUUCUGCGCUUGGCUCCGGUGGCCGUGUGGCUGUGGAGUUGCUCCUGGGUCGCCCGCUCAAGGGCCAGGUGCACCGCCACGAAGAGCUGCAAGUCGCGCAUUUGUCUUCCAAUUUGGCUGGUGAUGAGGCCACAGUUGGUGAACACUUAGAAGCUGUAAAGUCCAUCUUGGAGACCAGGCCGCAGGUGGUGGUUUUGGACUCACAGGGAAAUGCUUCCUGGACCGCUGCAUUCCAGAUGCUGCUGCAGGCGAAAGAAGCUUUGCGUGGCUUCCGUGGCGCUAUUGUCCUGGUGGUGGACGAGGAGUCUGAAGCGAUUAAAGAAAUGUGCUCACAGCGCUGGCGGCAGGGAGGAAGCUGGCUUUGGCAGGAGCCGAUAAAGCAAGAUUUGACAAUUGUGGAAGAUGUGCUGAAUGCAACAAAGACUGAUGAGCUGGAGCAAAUGUUGCAAAAGGUCCGGGAGCUUUCCGCUGAAGCAUUUUUUGGUGAAGACAGCGUGGAGAAGUCCGGAUCCAGAGGCUGGUCGCUUUGCCUCCUGGUCGAUCAAGCAGCUUGUGAUGCAAGUCGUUUUUGCGGCUUCAUGUGCUAUCAGUUGAGCGCGAAGAACUCUGAAUUUCACAUUGCACGGAUUGCUGUGAUUGCCAGGAGCCGUGGAAAAGGCUAUGGCAAGCACUUCAUGCAAUGGGCGCUUGAGAAGUGUUCAUUUCUGCCUCGAUCCACUUGUGCAUGGAUCUCCCUCAGCGCGCUGGAUGAAGCUGUUCCUUUCUAUGAGCACUUUGGGUUCACUGACAUGACCUGUGAUGACCUGGAUGACGAUAAGCACAUCCAAACGUGGAUGGAGCUCAAAAACAUCUCUGUGCCGCACAUAGGGAUGGGAAGGAUGGGACGCCCUGAGGGGCGUUCGGCUGAUUGA